AUGUCACAGCUUGACUUCCUCAAAGCAUUACGCGAAGAGGAAGAGGAUGGUGCCGAAGAAGAUGGUCAGGGCCCAGCAGCCGGUGAUGUAUCGCCUCUAGAAUCCGAGGGGGAUCCUUCUGUUGAGACGACUGUGGUGGAUAAGACUGCUGAUGCUGGCUCUAAAGGCUGGGGAGAGAUGCUCGCGGCACAGGACGCCAGUAGCGAGCCUACAGGAGGUGGUGGUGGUUGGGGCGCCAUACUUGGAGGCGGAGGAACCAAACGUAAAGCUGAUGAAGCCUGGGCUGAACCCACGAUGAAACCAGGAGAUGAGAGUUCUACGGCUGAGUUUCCAGAAGCUGCCCAUAUAAAGAUUCUCUUCUAUGCGUCUGAGGGUAUUGAGGUGUCUGCGGAAGAUGUUCAUAACUACAAGACGUCACUGAAGACUAAUGAUAAAGGGGCAAUACCUGCAGAGGAAGCUUCAACUGGAGGUCCACCACGAGCGUUCGGACUUUCGGAUGAGCAUGGAUCGAAUGAGGCCGUUGGAGUUGCUAGUAUCCCUAAGGAAGAGUUCAAGGAGGUGCUGGACAAGCUGGUUUGGUCGAUGGACACUGAUACGGAACCGCUGUGGCGCAGAGCACAUCCGAAUGAGUUGACCUUGAGUAGACUAGACAGAGACUUGAAAGGAAUUCAGUCCUAA